AUGGAUCAUAAGGCUGAGGAGAAAAGAAAGCAGUGCCAUGGCUUGACUUUAUUGGAACAAGUAAAGAGAAUGAAAGAAUCAACAGAGAUCAUUGAUGUUGUCCUAGUUGCAGAAGGUGAGAAAUUCCCCUGCCAUAAGGUGGUGCUGGCUGCCUUCAGUCCCUAUUUCAAAGCCAUGUUUACCUGUGGCUUGGUUGAAUGCACGCAAAGAGAAGUGGUACUGUAUGACAUCUCUGCAGAAAGCGUGUCCGUAAUACUCAAUUACAUGUACAGUGCAGAUUUGCACCUCACUAAUCAGAAUGUGCAGACUGUUGCGCUUGCUGCAUAUUUCAUGCAGAUGGAAGAUGUUUUCAGUAUGUGUCAGAAGUACAUGAUGGACCAUAUGGAUGUGUCCAACUGUGUGGGCAUCUACUACUUUGCAAGCCACAUUGGGGCAGAAGAUUUAUCUGAUCAAGCGAGGAAAUACUUAUAUCAGCAUUUUGCUGAGGUGAGCUUACAGGAAGAAAUAUUAGAGAUUGAAUUCCAUCAACUGUUGACUCUCAUAAAAUCAGAUGAUCUGAAUAUUUCCAGGGAGGAGAGCAUUCUGGAUCUUGUCAUUAGAUGGGUCAAGCACAGCAGAAAGUCACGUGUAGAGCACCUUAUUGAGCUCCUGAAGCAAGUGAGACUGGUACUUAUCAGCCCUUCCUUUCUCGUGGAAGCCCAGAAAAGGAACACAAUGAUCCUGUGCAAUUCAGAAUGCAAUGAUAUGUUUGAGGAAGCACUGAAAACCAUCAAACUAUCCAGCCACCCUUCUCUCAGCCUGCGGUAUGGCAUGGAGACUACUGAUCUCUUACUCUGCAUCGGCAACAAUUCUCUCGGCAUUAGGUCAAGACAUGGUAGCUAUGCAGAUGCCAGUUUUUGUUAUGCUCCUGCGACAAAAAAGACUUACUUCAUUUCCUCUCCAAAGUAUGGAGAAGGUUUAGGAUGUGUUUGCACUGGUGUUGUCACUGAGAAAAAUGAUAUUAUUGUGGCAGGAGAGGCAAGCGCCGUCAAAAUGUCUAGACAAAAGACCAGGAACAUCGAAAUUUAUAGAUACCACCCGCGAGGAAACCAGUUUUGGCACAGCCUGUGCACCACUCAGCUCCGUGAACUCUACGCAUUGGGCACUAUCCAGAACGAUCUCUAUGUAAUAGGAGGGCAAAUGAAAGUGAAAAAUCAGUAUCUGGUGACAAACUGUGUGGAGAAGUAUUCCAUGGAGCAAGGCACCUGGAGAAGCACAGCACCUCUUCCAGUACCAUUAGCCUGCCAUGUGGUGGUGACGGUGAAGAAUAAGCUCUAUGUGCUGGGUGGAUGGACACCACAGAUGGAUCUGCCUGACGAUGAGCCGGAUCGAUUAAGUAACAGAACGUUUCGGUACGACCCGGGCCAAGACAAAUGGACAGAAGGUGCGCCAAUGAAGUACUCCAAAUACCGCUUCAGUACAGCCGUAGUCAACAGUGAGAUUUAUGUCUUGG